GGACCAUUUCUGACUGUUCCGAAAUACCGCGGAAUCUUUUAUUUAUGUACUGUUUUAUUGUUUUAGUAUAACUCGAGUUUAUAAUCUUUGGUAUAACGUUGAUAAGUUUAUAUGUAAGGCAUUGUUUUCAAAUCUGUAAUAACGAGAAUUCGAGAUAAUAUGUAUAAAAAACUGGCAGUUUGCUCUCUUCUAAUUGCCAUUAUUGCUUUAAUAUUACCCAACUAUGUAAGCAACGUUAUCGGUACCAUUAUAGGCUCAUACUUAUUUUUUACCAAUGAAUCUAGCAAUUCCGAUGGGACCAUAUUUACAAAAGAAGAAUUGAAACUUUACAAUGGUAUAGAUAAUACAGAACUUUAUCUAUCAAUUUUAGGAAACGUCUUUGACGUAACUAGAGGCAAAAAACACUAUGGACCUAAUCAACAAUAUAAUGUGUUUGUUGGGUGUGAUGCUUCAAGAAGUUUUGUCACUGGUAUGUUUGGUAAAGAAGACAUUUCUGAAGAAGUUAUAGAUUUUAGCAAAGAAGAAUUGAGAUCUUUGAACCAUUGGGUGAAGUUUUAUAAGAAGGAAUAUAAUCAAGUAGGGAAACUUGUUGGAAAGUACUAUUUCCAAGAUGGCAAACCUACUCCCUAUGGAGAGAAGGUGAAUAAACUGAUAAAAGAAGCAGAACUAGUUAAAGAACAUGAAAAGGAACAAUCGAAGAAAUUUCCACAUUGCAAUGUUGAGUGGGAUGCUAAUCAAGGUUCCAAAUUAUGGUGUUCAAAUAAAAGUGGUGGAAUUUCAAGAGAUUGGGUCGGAGUUCCAAGACAGUAUUAUGAUGUUAAUACUAAAAGUUACCGAUGUGCUUGCAUCAAACAAGAUCAGGUGAAUAAUAUUGGAAAUAUUAAAGAGUAUGAGGGUUGUGAUAAAGGUUCGAAUAUUUGUUUUGUUAAAACUUAAAUCUAUUUAUAUUUGAAAUAAGUAUUUUAUUGUGUAGGUUGUUAUUUUUAAUAUAAUUAUGUUAUUUAAAAUUGAAA